GAAUCAACAAAAAGUAAAGCAAAUCCUGAAAAGUAAAAAAUCAAAAUCAUUAAUUGAUACUUAAUUGUUGUGUUCAACACUUAAAAUGAGGAAUCAAAUACUUUCCAAUAUGUUUUGUUUUAUACUUUUACUGUUGUUAAAUUGUUCAAUCAUCAACUGCACAUCUUUGGUGGGAUCAAGAGCUACAGGUCACAGUAACACAAAUAGGAUUAUCCAUGCAUCUUUAACGGACAAGGACACUGGUCGUGUUUGGCAAAUUCAAGAAUCGGUUAACUCAGGAAGUCCAAGAGCUGGACGAAUCGAAAUAAAAACAGAUGAAAAUGCAGCCAAUGUCUUCUAUUCAUACUCAAACUCCAGAGACAACAAUAAGCGUCUCGUCAUUCACGACAAUGAAUGCGAUCUUUACAAUUAUAAUCUGAAAUGGGACAACUUAUUGCCUGGUGUAAAUAAACCUUUAACUAAUCUUAUCCUGCUUUUGGGUCCAUCAAUAUUGGAUCGUUUUAGUGGCUUUGAUUGGUCAAGUGGUAACGAUGAGAUUAUCAGAGGUUCAUCUAUGCACAGCGUCUCAACCAAUUUGGAUGGUAAACUUAAUAUAACUUUAUUUUAUGAAAAUUAUCUUAACCAAAUGAACGGAAUUCAACAGCCAAGUCAAAUUGUAUUCACUGGUCACAAUCCUGAUACUUUAGUUGAAGGAGAAGGCGAGACUCUCAUCUUAGAUAUUUAUUUACAAUCGCAAACUGAACAAGAAUUGGGUAAACUAGUUCAGGUUACACCAGGAUUUGGUUGUCCAGUCUAUCUGAAUGGAGAUCGGGCCUUCCCUGAACUCAAUUCUGUCAAAAUUCAUUUUAUCGCUGCUGAACAAGUUAAUAACGGUGAUAAAGUUAUAAACGAGUUCCAUGCUGAUGAAACUUAUCAAAUAUUACGACAAUCUGAACUAAAAUAUGGCUACAAAAACGAAAAGCUCUUCGAUUAUUCACUUGGUGCUUAUUAUCGUAUAUCAACUUCUGGUAGCUGCUAUGCAUCAGCUAUUGAUGCAAAUGAUCCUGGUAUUGAUGAAAGUGGUUCAUUUUCAAUAGCAAGACUGCUUUGGUUAUCAAAGACAUUGAAAUAUCUUGGACAAAUAAUAUUUGAACACAGAUCAGGUUAUAAUGUUCAUGUUUGGGAAUCCAUUGAGACCAAUCGAGUAAUAAACGACAAAACAUAUGAUAAAGUGGUGACAACACAGUAUUUGAGUUCAUCUUACCAAUAUGAUAUUUUCAAUCGCUACAGUCUUGUUGCAGCUACAAUAAAAGCUUACACAAAAAAUGCAAAGGGUGAUUAUAUUUUAUCAUAUACAAAUCAUCGAGAUUAUUAUGAUUCCAAUAGUGAUUUACCUGAGUCUGAAUACCAUGAAGCUCUGCAAAUUGAAGAUUGUUUCCAAAAGCCAGAAGAGAGAUUGAAUUUAAAGUUUCAUUUAACAUGCAAAGAUUCUGAUGGAUGCAUAAAGAAGUCACAGGAUUCAGUUUAUGAAAUGAGAGAACUAUUCAGAUCAAGUUUACUUGGACAACUAGGAAUAUCAUCAACUCGAGUUUCAGAUAUUCAAUUUAAGUUCCAGGAUGAUGUUAUUGAAGCUGACGUUACUUUUCUCGAAGCUCCAAGAAUCCAGGAGGUUCUACCAUAUGAUACUUACUCGAUAAGACCACAAUCGAUCAGCAAAUUACACGAGACUGUUGCUGAUGAUCAGGAAAAGUGCCUUCGAUAUCAUUCAUCAUUCAUUCCUCCUGGAGCUGCUAUAAUCUAUUGUCGCGAUGGAAAUGUUUGUUUUAGUACUACAAACGCAAAAGAUGUAAAGAAAGUUAACACAGGAACUUCGUGUAAUGUAUACACCGAUCCAUUUAAAAGACUGAAUAGAUUGGGCCAAGAAAAGCCUUUAUCCGAUUUACAUGAUCAUAUUCUUGGUUACUUUGGACACAUAACAUUUAAUUUGAAUCUUGAUGAAAAAGCCAAGGCUGUCGCUUUUCAAGUAACUGAUGUCGUUGCUCAAAUCGACACUGCUCAAGAGUUGAAAAAACCAUAUGAGACUUUGUACUAUUCCAGUCAAUUUGAGGCAAUAGAUGGUGUUAAUACUGUCACCGUUCCUGGAGUCGAUCGUUUCGGUGAUUGUUAUCGUGCCUGUUCUCAGAAUGAAGAUAUACCUUGUGAAACUUUUUCAUUUUGUAACGGAAAAGAUAAGAAGGAAUGUGUUGUAUCGAUUUGGACAGGAACUCAGAUAUCAAAUAAUCGAACAAGUUCAUCAGAUUGUAUAAUUUAUUCAAAGAACCACUUGUCUGACUAUACUGUUCGACGUAGUUUGAGAUACAAGCAUCCAACUACAGUGGCUAAGGAUGCUUACGUUGAUGAUUGUGCCUCGGAAUGUUAUGCUUCCAAAGAUUGUGUUUCAUUUCAAUAUUGUAGAGGUCAAAAGUGUUCAUUUGGUGGUUAUGUCACAUCAGCAAAUACAGAAUUUUAUGAAGACUGUGAUAUUUAUGUUCCCAAAAGCUCUGAAAAAUAUACAGUAACAGGAAAGAAACUUGUCAGUCAAGUUUUAUACACAGAAGUUGAUUUGGAUUUGGAUCAAUGUGCUACUCUUUGUGAUGAUGAUCAAUCAUGUAAAUCAUUCAACUUCUGUCCAAAAGGGAAAGCACCCGCUCAAUGUCAAAUAACUUCAUAUUCAACUAAAGAUCCCAAGACGGAAUCAGUGGAAUCAUCCAUUUGUCAUAACUUUGAAUCAACUGUUAAAGCCAAAGCAGACGCAAUUUCAGAUAACAGUCCUGAUGUUAAAGUAUCUGGAGUCAGUGGUGGAGGAGUUUUUGGUAUUAUCAUGUUGUUCCUAUUUAUUGGUCUUUUUGCUGGUUUCGUUGGUCCUUAUGUUUACACCAAAGUAAAAUCAGGAGAUUUGAAUAAAUCGAAAGAUAAUUUUGGAUGGUCAAAGCAAGAAGAUGAUGAUGAAAAUUUAACACAAAUUUAAGCUUAAAUUUAAAUUAAUUUAUAAUAAAAUUAAAAUCCAUUUACAAACAAAA